GCCAGCUGCGGGGCGCGGGAGGCGGCGGCGGCACCGGGGCCACACCGGGCCCGAACCGGGGCCGGGCCCGAACCGGGGCCUCUCGCGGCCGGGCCGGGCCGAGCCAGCGCCGCUACUGGGCCGGGGGGCGGCCCCGGCACCUGCAGGUACCGUGAGACCACCGGGGGGCGCGGCCGCGGUGGCUGCAGGGGCUCCGCUGCCGCUGCACCGGGCUCGGGGCCUGCACCUGAGCCGAGCCCCCCGUGAGGGCACGGGUGGGGGGGGACGGCCGGGGAGUCCCCGCGGUGAGGGGCGCAGCGCGGCCCGGCCCCACCGGGAGCUGCCGGUGGUCUCUCGGUUAGCCCCGGUAAAGGCCCGGUAACGGCGCGGUAAGCCCCGUCCGCAGGCGGCGAUGGCGGGACGCGGCUCCGUGCACAGCCUGAGCAGCCUGCAGAAAACCGCCCUGCUCCUGGGCGUCCCGGCCGCGGCCACCGUGCUCUACAUCCUGUACCGGCGCUACCGGGAGAGCCGAGAGGCACAGGUGACGCUGGUGGCAGACGAGGGGCUGGAGGUGGGGCUCAGGGUGCCCCGCACGGCCCUGAAAGCGCUGAUCGGCCGCCGGGGAGCCACCAUCAACCAGCUGAGGCAGGAGACGGGAGCCCAGAUCGAAGUGGAGGAGGAGGAGGAGGAGGAGGAAGGGGGGCAGUCCCUGGUGCAGAUCUCGGGCUCGCCGGGCCAGGUGUGCCGGGCCAGGGCGGCCGUGCUGCGCAUCGUGGCCGACAGCGCGCCCGUGGCCGAGCAGCUGCGCGUGCCCCAGCGGGCCGUGGGCAGGAUCAUCAGCCGCGGCGGGGAGACGGUCCGGGCCAUCUGCCGGAGCUCGGGGGCUCGCGUGGAGUGCGGCCACGAGCCCGACGCCAGCCUGGCCCCGCUGCGCAUCAUCCGCCUGCUGGGGACGCGCAAAGAGGUGGAGGCGGCCAAGAAGCUGAUCAUGGAGAAGCUGUCGGAGGACAAAGCGUUCCGCCGGGAGCUGGCGCAGGCGGCGGCCGCGCGGUGCCCGCGGAAGCAGCCCCUGGGCAGCCGCCGGGAGCCGCCGGCACCGCCCGCCGCUCCUCCCGGGAGCCCCGGCGGUUGGCAGGAGUGCUGGGAUGUGGAUUGGGCACCGGCGGCCGGCACGGAAACAGCGGCGGGGAGCGAGGGGACGGAGACGGGCGCGGAGCCCGGGGAUGGCAGCGAGGAGCCGCCCGUGGCCAAGUUCGAGGUGCCCAGCCCGGAUUUCAGCUUCCCUGCUGACGAGCACCUGGACGUUUACGUGUCGGCGGCCGAGAGCCCCGGGCACUUCUGGAUCCAACUGCUGGGCACUCGCAGCCUGCAGCUGGACAAACUGACAGCUGAGAUGGGCCACUUCUACCAGAGCAGCCCCCCCGUGCCACCCCCGUCCGUCCAUGCCGGGGCCAUCGUGGCCGCUCCGUACCUGGACGAUGGCGAGUGGUACCGGGCGCGUGUCCUGGGGACGCUGGACAACGGCCACCUGGACCUGUACUACGUGGACUUUGGGGACAACGGCCAGGCCCCCCUCGAGGCUCUGCGGGCCCUCAGGAGCGACUUCCUGAGCCUGCCCUUCCAGGCCAUCGAGUGCAGCCUGGCCGGGAUUGUCCCCAACGGUGGCACGUGGCCCGAGGCGGCCGUGCAGGAGUUCGAGCGGCUCACGGGCUGCGCUCAGUGGUGCCCGUUGGUGGCGCGGAUCUGCAGCUACGGCCCUGCCAGGACCUGCCCGCGGCCCCGCCUGCGCCUCUUCGCACAGCGGCACGGCCAGAGCCUGGACGUUGGAGCGGAGCUGGUGCGUUUGGGCUACGCCGUGCCCGGGCCCCCGGAGGAGCCCCCGGACAAUCUCGGCUGCGCCUCCAUCCCGAGCCCGCCGGAGCCCGGUGACAGCCCCGGGACCCCGUCCUGCCUCAGCCUGCCCGGUGAGCCCGGGCCGUCCCGGUGACACCGUGCCGGUGACACUUCCCGGUGUGUCCCUGCCCCGGGAAUGGUGUCGGGACCCCCGUGCCCGGUGCCACCGGGAGCCGCUCCCGGUGCCACCCUUGA